AGCUGUUCUGGGCCUGGCAGCGCUCCGCCUCGGGGAUCUACUGACCCGGGUCAAUCCAGACCUGGGCGGAGGGCGCCGCGCCCGUGCGCGCGAUGGCGUCCGCGGGCCGCGUCGCGCGCCUCAGGCUGCUGUGGGGCGGCCCGCUGGGCGGUCUGGCGCGGCCCACGCCUCAUCGCGGGGCGGACGCCAGCGGCGGUGCGCUGCGGUGGCGGAGGUUCCAGGUGUCCCUGGCCGCGGUGCUGCAGAAGGCCGACAAUGUCAUGCCUUGCUACAUCAUGGUGAAGCACCAGCUGAAGCCGCAGGUCGUCGAGGAGCCCCGCGCGGGCCAGGCGGGCAGCGAGUUCGCCCACGCGGUCACCUGGCAGUGGGAGGGCAAGGAGAUCUCGGUGCAGGGCACUGGCCGCAGGAAGCAAGUGGCCCGGAACGCGGCGGCGCGCGACCUGCUGCUGCGGCUCACGGUGGAGGAGAGCGACCUGAUGAAUCCGAUGAAGAACGGUC